AUGAAUCUUACUUAUAGUAGAUGUUCUAAACGGAAUUGUUUUGUUUUUAAAUAGGGGAACUUGUCAUGUCAUAUGAAAGUGUUGCCUUUGUCGUUGUACUACUGAACUGUGACAGAAAACACGAUGAGUUCUUCCAUGUGCUGUCUCUUCCCUCUCAGAUAUGAGGACAACAUGGAGUAUAAAAAACAGAUCACCCCUCGACGGAGGCGCGUUGGCUACCCCCCCAUCACACCCAACGCUUGCGUCAAGGACAGUGUGACUAGUGCGGCAUUUGACCAUAUGUGGCAGGAGAUUAUGUCGUGGAUGAGGGACCUGCUUCAGAGGUACACCACGGAGAUCGCAGACAACAAGAACGGAGUCAUUUCAUUGUCCCUCAUCAACCGCUACCAAGCCACGCCCAUGUCCCGGGAGCCCUCCACGCUGUCGCAGCAACGGGUGAGUGGGGGUGGUUGGCGGCCGCUCUGGUGUGGGAUGCUCCACCUUUCCUGUCAGAUGUCUACGGUCCUUAUCUCUCCUCCUUCUCCUUUACCUUUGUGUGUUAGUCUGUAGUGCAUUUAGGAGAAAUUUCUCCCUGCGAGAUGAAUAAAGAUUGUCAUUGUCAUUGUCAAAUAGCCCAGAUCUUAGGCACUUAUAUGGCCUAUGUGUGUUUGCAAGUGCCUUAAAAGUCUUAUGGAAACUAACUACAGGGGAGCACUUUCACUCUCAAUAGUUGUUAGACGUCAUGUGGCGUUUGUUUCCUCAAGCUGUGAUGUCGUGUGUGUCCGCGCGUAUGUGUGUAUCUGUGUGUGUGUGUGUUAUGUGUGUCUGUGAGUGUGUGUGAGUGUGUCUGUGUGCACAACGUUUCAGCUCCUCUGUAAUGU